GUUUGACGAAUCGUGAUUCGUAUUAAUUUUCUAUCCAUUUAUAAGCAUAACGUUGAUGUUAUUUUAAAUUUUAAUACAAGACUAACAAAUACGAAGUAUUCUUCAUGUUAUGAUCAAAUUAUAAAACGAUUUAAGUGAUAAUAUGUCUUCAAAGGUUGCAAGACAUCGUGAAAGAUCUCGCAGUAGAUCUGUAGAACGCAGACGUGAACACAAAACGAGAAGUAGAGAUAGAUCUCGGUCAACAUCAAAGAAAUCAAAACAUAGAUCCGUAAGUAGAGAGCGGAAAAGUAAACAUAAAAAGAGUAAAAAGAAGAAAAGAGAUAGUAGCUCAUCGUCCAGCAGUUCCACUAGUGACAGUGAUGCGGAGGAGUUGAAGCUACUGCAGCGGUUGGAGACUGAGAGGAUACGGUUAAAGGAAGAGAGACGCAAACAAAAAGAACAACUCAAAGCCAAUGAGACUCCGGAAGAAAAGAGAGCAAGAAGACUACGAGAGAAGCAAGAAAAAGAACGCAAAAGACGUGAGAGAAUGGGCUGGGAUAAUGAGUACCAAUGUUAUACCAACCAGGACAACCCCUUUGGUGACUCAGCACUUACCAAUACUUUUGUGUGGUCCAAGAAACUAGCUAAAGAGGGUGUGAAAACUGUCUCCCGAGAUGAACUGGAAGCAUUGAACCGUCAGAAACAAUUGGAAAAUAAGAUUGAGUUAGAAAAGGUAAAACAGCGUCGCCUGGAGCGUGAGGCAGAGCGUGCGGCGCGCGAGGCCGAGGCGGCGGCGGCGGCGCGCGCGCGUGAAGCGGCGCAGUUCCAUAGCUGGGCGCGGCAGGAGGACGCCUUCCACCUGCACCAGGCACGGCUCAGGUCGCAGAUACGGAUACGGGAUGGGAGAGCAAAACCAAUAGACUUGCUUGCAUGGUAUGUGAGUUCGGAGCAGUGUGUGGAUGCUCUGGAAAUGCAUGAGCCCUAUACAUACCUUAAUGGACUGCAGGCAAAUGAUUUAGAAGAUCUUCUGGAAGAUAUCAAGGUGUACAAGGAGCUGGAGCACGAGGAGCAGCUGUCGUACUGGGAGGACGUGGAGACGAUAGUGAGCGCGGAGCUGGGCCAGCUGCGCCGCCUCGCCGAGCCGCGCGCCGCGCGCGACGGCGUGCACCACGCGGUCGCGGCGGACGUGCAACAGAUCUUCAAAGGCAAGACCGGUGCUCAGCUAGAGGCGCUGCAGCAGCAGAUCUCGCAGAAGAUCAGCGGCCAGCGCGCGGGUGUCGACGUCGGCUACUGGGAAACACUGCUGGCGCAACUUAAAGCGCACAUGGCCCGCGCACGUCUCCGCGACCGUCACCAGGAGAACCUGCGCCGCAAGCUGCAGCUGCUCAAGAGCGAGCAGGGGGUCAAGCCGCCCACUGACCAGGCUGAACCUAGCACAGAAGUGAAACAAGAAGAAGCACCCGAGAAAGUGGAAAAAGCGGACAGCGAGAAAGACGACGGUGAUGAGGAUGGCGGGGAUGGGGAUGGUGGGGACGAGGAUGGCGGGGAUGGGGAUGAGUGGUGCGUGCGCGAGUACGUGCGCGGGCGCUACUCGCCGCCGCCGCUGUCGCCCGCCGCGCUCGAACCCGCCACGCUGCUCACGGAGCCCAUUGAUGACGCGAAUAGAUUGGCGUAUCUGCGCGCAAGGCUCACUAGCAAGCCGAACAGCGCGGGCCCGCUCGCCACGGCUCCCACAGCCACGGGGGCCCUGGAAGCGGCUGCGCGCCGCGCGAUGGACUCGGAGGGCCCCGAGCCGGAGGGCCCCGGGGGCUCUGGAGGCCCCGCGGGCAGCGCAGCGCAGUUCAGCGUCGAGCACGCGCUGCCCGACCAGCCCUACCUGUGGGCGGAUAAGUACAGGCCACGGAAACCGAGAUACUUCAACCGGGUGCACACGGGUUUCGAGUGGAACAAGUACAACCAGACGCACUACGACAUGGACAACCCGCCGCCGAAGAUCGUGCAGGGCUACAAGUUCAACAUCUUCUACCCCGACCUCAUCGACAAGAGCGCCACGCCGCAGUUCUCGCUCAAACCGUGCGCAGACAAUCCAGAAUUCGCAGUACUCCGUUUCCACGCGGGCCCGCCGUACGAGGACAUCGCGUUCAAGAUCGUCAACCGCGAGUGGGAGUACUCGUACAAGCGCGGCUUUAGGUGUCACUUCCAUAAUAACAUCUUCCAACUGUGGUUCCACUUCAAGCGGUAUAGAUACAGACGUUAGAUACCGAUACAAGAUGACAGAUGUGAUCAAAAUAUAUGAUUUACACAA